AUGCCUGCUCAGGUCGAUGCGGUGGAAACUGCUCUGGAGAGGGAGCUGCAGCGCAGAGCAGUUCAGAACGUAGGCCAGCCAGAGACAGUCCGCAAGAUCUAUGAUGCAAGCGACUCCAGCGCCGCGAAGGGGCCGGCCGUGCCGAAUGUUCCCCCCGUUACUGCCGGGCGAAUGUUUGGAGACAUCCACAACCUCAAGGAGGAGGUGGCAAAAGGUGGAAAGCCGGAGGUCGGCACCAAUACGGUGGCCUUGCAGAAGAAGUUCUCUGACAAUUUCUUCGGCAAGAUCGCCAAGAACAAGUAUUUCGAGGGCAUCACAAUUUCCGUGAUCUUCCUGAACGCACUUGCCAUCGGAGUGGAUGCAGACUUCUCGGCGAGGAAUGAAGUGCCAGCCAACCUCUACGAGGGGGAUGUCUUCUUCAUCGUGCUUGAGGUCUUUUUUGCUUCCUACUUUACCUUUGAGAUCCUCAUCCGGUUCCUGGCGUAUCGCCAAAAAUGCCACUGUCUUCGUGACGGCUGGUUCGUUUUCGACUUGCUUUUGGUUUUGAUGAUGGUCUGGGAGACCUGGAUCAUGCCCUUCGUUGGGCUAGACUCCGGCCUGGGCCAGCUCAGCAUCCUCAGGCUGCUUCGGCUGCUUCGCAUCACCAGAAUGGCGAAGUUGAUGAGAGCCUUUCCACAGUUGAUGAUGAUCAUCAAAGGUAUCUCUGCGGCAGCUCGAGCUGUUGGCUGGACGGCCAUACUCCUGGUCAUCAUCAGUUUCACCUGGUCCAUCCUCUUCACGAACGAGUACCACCAAGGUCACGUAACGGAUGAGGAAAUGAAGGAGUGGGCAGAUGACGAUCCACGGAAGAUACACGAGUACUUCGGCGGGAUGGAUAAGUCCAUGCUCACUCUGCUCAUUAUGGGUACCAUCCUCGAUGAUGUGACGGAGUGCGCAGCUGAGUCUCAGAAGGACGCGGCCGACGAGGCUGCUGAGGACGAGGAGACAGAAGAGUCCCCCGCGGCAAAGAGGCAGCGAACGGCGAAAGCUUUUGAUCUCCAGGACUGGGGCUACUUACCAGAGGUCGUGGCCCAAGUCUAG